CCACCGCCACAUCUAUAUUGAAAACUACCAGAGACAGAGGAAAAAACAGAGCGAACCCCACAAAAAUCAGUCAAUCAAUGGGCUGUGUUUCUUCCAAACUCUUUAGGAAACAACUCCAUCAAGACAUCAUCCUCAACAAUGGCGGCAGAGACUCUGUUAACCAUGUUGUCUCUCUCACUUCUACAACCUACGGUGCUCUCAAGCUUGACAUCAAUGAAAAAAGACAAGAAGAUCAAGAACAAGAACAAGGACAAAAAGAAGAUCUCAUCAAGGAGAUAGUGGCGGAGAGUAAGAAAAUGCAGCAGAGAUCACCUCCUCGAGAAGAACCAGAAAUUAUUAAUGCUUGGGAGCUCAUGGAGGAUCUUGAAGAUGGAGGAUUACCCGUUUCGAAUCAUCCCAAAAAAAGCCCCAAAUCGAGAGCUUUGCUUCGUGGGUUUGCAGAUGUGGAUGUUAGGAGCCCUUUGAAGUUCUUGAAUCAGAUUGGAUCUCCAAGGAAAGCCAAGACAUUUGGUGGGAAAGAAAAUAAGUUAAAGAAAAUGUCAGAGUUUAGCCCGAGGCCAGUUUUGAAAGCCAACAAUUCUUUAGGCAAAGCAAGCAAGGCAGUGCUAAGAUUGAGUUAUCCAGUGAAAAGUUCUCCGGUCAGGACUAAAACAGAGAAUGCUGGUUGGGAUGAUUUUGCGCUUUCUUCUUUUUCUUCUUCGAGGAAGAGUAGUUCUAGUCCUUUAUUUGAUCCAGAGCUUGUCGCAUCAUACGAAAGAGAGUUGUCUAAAGACGAAGGCCAAAUCAAGAAAACCAUUACCAUUUCUCUAACACCCAGGCCUCAAAAAUCAAUGAAUGCACGAGAAUUGGAGUCUAUUCUCCAUUCUUUUGAACAAAAAUGCCCACCAGGUGGGGAUAAUGCGGUUGUGAUCUACACUACUACAUUGCGAGGAAUCAGAAAAACCUUCGAGGAAUGUAAUACUGUAAGGUCGAUUAUUGAGUCAUACCACAUUCAUAUGCUUGAAAGGGAUAUUUCAAUGGAUUCAGGCUUCAAGGAGGAGAUAAGACGGCUAAUGGGUACAAAGGAAGUGAAAGUUCCACUAGUGUUUGUUAAAGGGAGGUUGAUUGGAGGUGCUGAUCAAGUGGUGAAGUUGGAGGAAGAAGGCAAAUUGGGGAUUUUGUUUGAUGGGAUUCCAAGGGGGCUAGCCGGAGGGUGCCAAGGGUGUGCAGGGUUCAGGUUUGUGAUGUGCAUGGAGUGUAAUGGAAGCUGCAAGGUGUUGGAUGAGCAGCAGAAGAAAAUGGUAAAAUGUGGGGAGUGCAAUGAAAAUGGGUUAAUACAUUGCCCUAUUUGUUGCUAA